UGUCCAAGCUCCGCCAGGACAGAUGACAGAAGCCGAAAGGCCGAUGCCAUCAUUGGCACCAGCCCAGUCUAAAACUAUAGCGCUCAGUCAGUCGGUUGGUAGAAAUUCCAGUGUAUCUGGACUUAGUGGUGUUAAUCCGCAGAUAAUUAGGAUACAGCCAGUAACAGGGACUGAAGAGCAACUUUUCCUCCAUAGCCACUCUGAGUCUGCAGUUCAGUUGCCUAUGCAGAGACCUUUACCACCUCACGGAUCGGCGACUGUGAACAAGAUCCCCAAGCGUAAGAUGCUAAAUGGACAGAGAACUACAAGUGCCACAGUAUCAGCUGCAAGGCCUCCAAAUAUUACCGUGGUUGCAGCCAAUUCAACAAAUACUCUGGUAUCUUGCCUCGAAAAAAACCAAAAAGCUGAUAAGCUAAAAAAAUCUUUGAAAGUGAAAACUCGUUCUGGACGGAUUUCACGGCCUCCAAAAUAUAAAGCUAAAGAUUAUAAAUUCAUUAAAAUGGAGGRUUUGGCUGAUGGUCAUCAGUCUGAYUCUGAUGACUACUCUGAGCUGAGCAUUGAAGAUGAUGAAGAAGGGAAGGUGAAGGGAAAGGAUGCGUUAUUCAGUUCUUCAAAUUAUAAUCUAAAACCCAAAAUGUUUAAAUGUCAGACUUGCGAAAAAUCCUAUAUAGGAAAAGGAGGAUUAGCAAGACAUUAUAAACUUAAUCCAGGUCAUGGACAGCAGGAGUCUUCACCUCAAGAAAUACCUUUAAAUAAAGCUAAUGGAAGUAUAUUUGUGGACAGUGCUUGUGGGACAGGAGAGGAAACGAGAAGUCCGGCACACUUGGAUUCUGCUGCUGUCAUUUUAAAUAAUGAAAAUGCGCUAGCUGUCGGCUUGGAAGAAGUGGUUGCCUCACAGACUGGAGAACAGACUUGCAAGUCUGCAGAAGGCAAAUGCUUGUUGGCAGAGCAGCCAAAGGAGAGCCAUUCAGGACACCGGGCACCUGUAACACCAAAAGGACCUGGAAGACCCAGGCGGCCCAAGAGAAGAGGUCGACCAAGGAUGGGUGGGAGAUCCAGGCGUUCUGGAAGGCUCAGCAGACCUGCUCAGUCACCCUCAAAGUCCCUCAGUAGUGCGUCAGCAGAGCACAGCGUAUUCAGAAGGAAAGCUAAGUUGAAAGAGCUAAUACAACAAUGUGAUAAUGAAGACUUAAUGGAGCUGGCUCUCCCACGUCUUACAAAGCUUGUAACAGUAUAUGAAUUCCUGUUGAUGAAGGUUGAAAAAGGGCAUCCAGCCAAAGCUUACUUCCCAGACGUGUAUAGAGAAUUUGAAGAGUUGCAUAAUAUGGUAAAGAAAAUGGCCUAUGAUUACCUUAGUAAUUCUGAUUUGUUGAGUUGCCAGGAGCCUGUUGAAAUAAAAGAUCUGAAGGUUGCUGAAUCACUAGGACUUACAGAAAUACUCACUGGAGGACAAAAGAUGCAAGGUGUAGACUCUUGUUCACAACAUACAAUUAAAAUGGUUAGUGAACAAGUGCCUGUGGAGAUACUGGGACAAAAACGGUUAGCUGAGAGCUCAGGGGAGGAACUGUUGCCAUCAGCCAAAAGGACCAAGGUAGAAGACGUAAUGGAGAAUAUGAAUAAUGCUUAUGCCAGUCAAGAUGAAGUGAAGGCAAAGAGUGGGAAUUUGUGUACACUGUUUGAAAAAGAUGGUUUUCGUCCCUUAAAUGGGGAAAUCUUGCUCUCAGAAGUGAGAGAGCUCCUCUGCUGCUCCACUGGAAGCACAUUACCCACAGCAGAGGAGCAUAACUCCCCUGUUGACACAGAAGCUGGAGUCCGUGAGGAACCUCCCGGCACCUUCGCUCRGAUGCUGGCAGCGAGCGAGGAGCGUUCCCAGCCGCUGGCUGUCCGGGGAGCSGGUGCCGCGGGAGCCGUGUCCGUGCUGAGCAGCGAGGCGGUGCCGCCCGCACAGGCGCCCGGCUCCCCCGGGGCUGCUCAGGCCCAUCUUGCGAGCGAGGAUCACAAGUUCCCGGCACGUGGGCUGGCAGCUCCCCACCACGGCAGCUCCGCAGCGCGGGGUGCAGUGGGCACGCAGAGUGCUGGCGCGCCAGGGGGAGAGGAGAACAGCAGGUACCAGCAGCUGCAAGAAGAAAACCACAGCUUGGCAAUUAAAGAACAGCCCGAACCGCUUCACGGUGCUGGUAUCACUGAGAUGCAGCAACUGGAAAAAGUCUUUGCAACAAAUGUAGUGCCAAUAAGCCACAGUGCUCGGGCGCCUGUCCAGGAGGCCUCCUCGUCUGCUCGCGUGAGCUGUGAAAGCCCUGGUGAAAACGUGUGUGAAUUCCCCUGUGGGCCAGGGGAAGCCCRGGAGCUGGAGAACGCAGCAGUUACUGUAGGUGAAACUGUAGCUUUUGAGAUCACUGAUGAGAGCCAUGAUUUUUUGUCUCAGGGACAUGAACAGAUUUUUAUUCAAACCACAGACGGACUUAUAUUACCGCACCCAGAUCCUGCUGUUUUGUCUCAGGCAGAAGACAUUGUUAUUGUGACUGAUUCUAAUGGGACUACGAUGCACAUUCACACACCUCAUGGGAUACCUUUGGAAACUGUGGAAGCACUACUGGCAAUAGAAGCACACAGCCAAAGUGAAGAAAUUCUGAUCUCUCAAAGUGAAUUGGAGCCAUAAAUUAGUAAACUGUGUAUGCUUUCCUCUGGAAAAAGGCUGGCUAUAUAAAAUGUAUAUUUUUCUAAUGUGAAUACUGAAAUAAUUGAAAUUUAACUUAUUUGUAAAUUGUUUCUAUGCCCUGUACUUUUUAUAACUUAUGUUUAUAUAAAUUUAGCAGCAUUGCAACCAAAAAUUAUAGACAUAACAAGAUUCUAUUUGCUUUUCUAUGUGUUGGGGGUCGGGGAAGAUGGAAAUCUGUCAACCUCAAAACUGUUGCACUAUAUCCUUUUGUUACAUAGUCCCUUUUCUCGUUAGCCAUCCAAAAUGCAGUAAACUGUACUGC